AUGGGUAUUAGUGAGGUGACGGUAACAAUAGCUCCCGUGAACGUUUCACUGCCAGUGUUCUCCGAUGCAGUCUAUCAGCCUGCCCCUCUGAGUGAGAAGACGCUUCCAGAUACAUUUGUUGUACAGAUCAGUGUGUUCUAUAAGGUCCCUGUGAUAUACAGUAUUGUCUCUGGAGACGGGAAGGGGUAUUUCACUAUUGAUUCAUCCACUGGUAUCAUAAGAACAACAAAGAAUUUGAAACUGGAAGAUUUUCCAGUAAUUUUUGAUGUGCGAGCAGCAGAUUCCUCUCACGCUAACAUAUUUAAUGAUGUUUCUGUGAAUGUGCAAGUUAUUGAUGAAAAUGACUUCCCUCCAGUUUUCCCAUCCUAUCUACUAGAAGAAAGAUUGGAAGAGAAUUUACCCGCUACUCCGAUUGUCCAGCUGAAAGCUCAGGAUAAUGACACAGGUAGAAAUGGUUUCCUAACAUAUGGCAUUCUUGGUGGAAAUGGACUAAAAUUCAGGAUAGAUGAAGCAACUGGAAUUCUUUAUUCCACUGCCUCCUUUGAUUAUGAAGAGGAACCUACGGAGUAUCAGGUUGUGAUAUAUGCUGAAGAUGACGGAAUCCCUGAGAAGAAAAUAGGUUACUGCACAGUUGUCAUAAAGAUCGUUGAUGUUAAUGACUGGCCACCUGUUUUUGAUCCAGUGACUGAAUUCAGUGUAAAUGAAAAUGCUCCCGUGGGAUUCAUAGUUGGAAAAAUCACAGCAACAGACAGAGACACAGGAGACAAUGCCUUUGUUCUAUACAGCCUUACAGGUGGUGGAGGAAAUAUAUUUGAAAUAGAUGAAAUACAUGGCAACAUUAAGAUAAAGAACUCUCCAGACUAUGAAAUCAUGAAUAAGUAUAACCUUACAGUGAAUGCAGUCAACAAUAAAUCUGCCCCUUUCCACCAGGAAACUACUCAUGUCACUGUUCUAGUGAUUGAUGUGAAUGAUAACGCUCCAGUAUUUGCUCAGAAUUCCUAUUCCGCUUCUAUAAACAUGAUUAAUCCUGUAGGUGCUCAUGUCAUAACUGUGAGUGCUACCGACAAAGAUCAGGGGCAAAAUGGCCUUAUCGAGUACUACAUCCUCCCUGACCAAAACUUCAGCCCGUUUUUCCUGAUAGAAGAUAAGAGUGAGGGGAAAAUAAUUACAACUGGAAACCUGACUAGAUCUGGAGAGAUCCAUUUAACAGUGAUGGCUAAGGACAAAGGCUCUCCAUCUUUAAAUGACACUGCUGUGAUUACUCUUAAUGUGUUUGACAACCGUCCCUUUGUUCCUUGGUUUAACGAGAGCACAAUCAGCAUUUCCGUUUUGGAAAACACAGGAGUGGAUUAUUUAAUUUACACUUUUACUGUGGUCGAAACUUUAGGAAAACCGAUUGAUUAUACAGUUGUAUCUGGCAAUGAAAAAGGUCAUUUUAGAAUGGAUCCAAAAAGUGGUCAGCUGAGAACAGCAAUUAAUUUGAACUAUGAGGAAGUUUCUCAGUAUGUGAUUUUAAUUGAAGCAAAUGAAAAUCUCUCAUCCAUCCCAAAAGUCCAACAUUCAGGCCUGUUUGCUCAAAAUGUGGCAAUGCUGACAAUCACAGUGCAGGACGUAAAUGAAGAGCCAGUGUUUUUGAAUAAUGCCUACUCUGCUCGGAUACCAAACUCUGUGCCCUACAGGUACCCGGUUAUUACAGUUCAGGCCACAGAUCCAGAUUCAGGUGACAAUGGGCUUCUGCUGUACAGCUUCAUGAAUGAUCAAACGAACGAGUUUGACAUCGAUGAAAAUACAGGGCACAUUUUUACAGUUUCUGUAGCAGGAAAGGCUGGAACAUUUUAUCUGGAAGUCCAAGCUGCGGACCAGGGCACAAGAAGACUCACAGCCCGGACAACAGUCAAUGUAACUGUUGAUUCCAGUUCCAGUAACAACAUUGUGAUGAUGGUACUUAAUCAGAAGAUCAAUGUUGUUGAAAGAAACAUUGCUGAAGUAAAAAGGGUCCUGGAAGAUAAACUUGCCUGGAAUGUAUACAUCGUUGAUGUUUAUUCUAAUGAGUUUGAAAGAAAAGCGAGAAGCAGCACUGAUAUCACCUAUGUAAAAAUUAUUGCUUUUGAUGGGGCAAACCAGGAAGUAUCUGCACAAGAUGUAAAAAGAAAACUUGGGGAGCAGAAGAGUAACAUUGAGGCAGAACUGGAGAAAAUAUUUUCAACAUCCGUUACUGCUGCCAUAGAAGAGGCUCCUGCUGACUCGGCAACUCCUGAACUCAUUGCAGCUAUUGUCCUCAGUGUCCUGCUAGCCUGCGUCCUCAUAGCCUUCCUGGUAUACGUACUUGUUACUAUAAAGAGGAAAAGGAAAACUGAAAUUAUAGGGUUUAGCAACAUGGUAGCCACCACAGGAAGUGACGAUGACAAAGAUGUACUUCAUGCUUAUGAAACAUGCAGUUCCCUGGAGACACUAAAUUGCAACAGUGAACAGAAAGAAAACGUAGCAUCUGAACAAGCUGCUGAACCUAGAAAUGGAGAUGCCCAGCCCACUCCAGAAUUCACAACAAAACAGGAUUGCUUUCUCACAAAUAGAAAUCAGGACUCAGCUCUUCCCUUAACACCUGCUCCCUCAACGCAGGCCCCUGAAAAAGAAAUCAAAGGAGUAAAAUUUUCAGAAGUGGCAAUUAUCUUGGAUGCAGAACCUGAAGAUGAGGAGCCUGAUGACAACGAUAUAUUUUUUCACCAGUAAGAACACUGGAUGAAGAAAACUUUUAGGAAAACCACAGCGACGCUCUUUGGAACGCUACAGAGUUGAAGGAGCGAUAAGAAUACGUGAAUGCUAUCCCGAUUUUAAUUCCUGCUACUCCUGUUCUUUGCGCUGGAGGGGACGGACCAGAAGGGAAAUAAGCACUAAGCUAGAAGGGCUGCAGAGUUGCUUUCCUAGAAACGGUGCUAUCUUCUCUGUCAUAAGAAAAUAAAUUCCCUGUAAAAGGGCAAGACAGUA